AGAGCGCCUGGCAGCUGGAGUUUUUGCAGCGCUUGGCCGGGCUUCAAUGCACAGCAGCAGCGAGCCGCGGCGGCGGCAGCAAGCAGCCCGGGAGCUCCGGCAGCCAGCGGCCGAGCCAGCGGCGGUCCCACUCCCUGCCCCCUGCAAACUUUGCGAGCAGCCCGCCCGGGGGGCCGACCGGGGCCGCGCUCGGGAGGCCCCGCUCGGCCCGGGGCCGCGCUCUCCGCCGCCGCAGCGUCACCAGCCGCCACCGCCGCCGCCGCAGCCCCGCGCCUCCCCGGGGAGCAGCCGACGGCUCCCGAGCCCCCCGGUCCCGGCCCCUCGGCGCUGCCCGGCCAAUCCCCCGGCAGGGGCGGGGGCAGCCGGCCUCGGGCUGCCGGGGGGCGGCCGUCGCUGCCCUGGAAGGCGCUUAGAGGCUCCGAGAGCGCUCCCCGGCGGGUCCCCAGCGCACUCGCCGCGCCCGGGCAGCGGCCCGACCGGGCGAGAGCAUGGGCGGCGCGGAGUGACGCCGCCGUGCCCGCUUGGCAUCAAGGACAUUCAGCCUGCGGGGGUGGGGACGAAAGGGGACAGCCCCGUGUCGCCACCGCAGCCCCCCCAGAGCCACUACCGCUGCUGCUCAGGCUCCGGAGGGCUGGGUGGAGGAAAGGAGUGCUUGCUUGAAAACGAUCCACAUUUCCCGACCUUUUUGUUGGACCUUCCGCCCACCUUGGACACCGACAGAGGCUCUGUCAAGCUCUGCAGACUCCGAUUUUCGCCCUCUGUUUUGCUGGUCUCCUCCUGGGUUGCCCGCGCCUCGGUGGAGUAUCUGCGUUCGUUCGGGCUGGGGCUGGAGGAGCAGCCACACGCGCGCACACGCACACGCUCGGAGGAGGAGAGGCAGCGGCGCCGGCUCCAUCUGCAGUGUCAAUGCGGCGCUCCCGCUGAAGGAGGCACCGCGGCGCUCCCAGGGACCCUCCAUUCUUGAGUCCUGGCCCGUCCAGGAGGACGCUUCUGCAGUGCUACUGUGCCACGAGGACUCGCGUCUGAAAUGAGAGCCAUGCCCUGGAACUGGACUUGCCUGCUGUCCCAUCUCCUGAUGGUGGGGAUGGGCUCCUCCACUCUGCUGCCCCGGCAGCCACCACCACCAUCGCAGAAGCGGUCUUUUGUCACAUUUCGCGGGGAGCCAGCGGAGGGCUUCAACCACCUGGUGGUGGACAGGAGGACAGGGCACAUUUACCUGGGGGCCGUCAACCGGAUCUACAAGCUCUCCAGUGACCUGAAGGUCUUGGUGACCCACCAGACAGGGCCGGACGAGGACAACCCCAAUUGUUACCCACCCCGCAUCGUCCAGACGUGCAAUGAGCCGCUGACCACCACCAACAAUGUCAACAAGAUGCUCCUGAUAGACUACAAGGAGAACAGGCUGAUUGCGUGUGGGAGCCUGUAUCAGGGCAUCUGCAAGCUUCUGCGGCUGGAGGACCUCUUCAAGCUGGGGGAGCCCUUCCACAAGAAGGAGCACUACCUGUCGGGGGUCAACGAGAGCGGCUCUGUCUUCGGAGUGAUCGUCUCCUACAGCAACCUGGACGACAAGCUCUUCAUUGCCACGGCGGUAGACGGGAAGCCAGAGUAUUUCCCCACCAUCUCCAGCCGGAAGUUGACGAAGAACUCAGAGGCAGACGGCAUGUUUGCGUAUGUCUUCCACGAUGAAUUUGUGGCCUCAAUGAUUAAGAUCCCUUCGGACACCUUCACUGUCAUCCCCGACUUUGACAUCUACUACGUCUAUGGCUUCAGCAGCGGCAACUUUGUCUACUUUUUGACCCUUCAGCCUGAGAUGGUGUCUCCCCCAGGCUCCACCACAAAGGAGCAGGUUUAUACAUCCAAGCUCGUGAGGCUCUGCAAAGAGGACACCGCCUUCAACUCCUACGUGGAGGUGCCCAUUGGCUGUGAGCGCAGCGGCGUGGAGUACCGCUUGCUUCAGGCUGCCUACCUGUCCAAAGCUGGGGCCGUGCUCGCCCAGACCCUGGGAGUCCAUCCGGAAGACGACCUCCUCUUCACUGUCUUCUCCAAGGGCCAGAAAAGGAAAAUGAAAUCCCUGGAUGAGUCGGCCCUCUGCAUCUUCAUCUUGAAGCAGAUCAAUGACCGCAUUAAGGAGCGGCUUCAGUCCUGCUACCGGGGCGAGGGCACACUGGACCUGGCCUGGCUCAAGGUGAAGGACAUCCCCUGCAGCAGUGCGCUCUUAACUAUUGAUGAUAACUUCUGUGGCCUGGAUAUGAAUGCGCCCCUGGGAGUAUCCGAGAUGAUCCGUGGGAUCCCUGUCUUCACAGAGGACAGGGACCGCAUGACUUCUGUCAUUGCCUAUGUCUACAAGAACCACUCCUUGGCCUUCGUGGGCACCAAAAGUGGCAAGCUGAAAAAGAUCCGGGUGGAUGGACCCAGGGGCAAUGCCCUCCAGUAUGAGACAGUGCAAGUGGUGGACCCAGGCCCUGUGCUCCGGGACAUGGACUUCUCCAAGGACCACGAGCAGCUCUACAUCAUGUCAGAAAGGCAGCUCACCAGAGUGCCUGUGGAGUCCUGUGGUCAGUACCGAAGCUGCAGUGAGUGCCUUGGCUCGGGUGACCCCCACUGCGGCUGGUGUGUGCUCCACAACACGUGCACCCGGAAGGAGCGCUGUGAGCGGUCCCAAGAGCCCCACAGGUUUGCCUCUGAGAUGAAGCAGUGUGUCCGGCUGACCGUCCAUCCCAGCAACAUCUCUGUUUCUCAGUACAAUGUCCUGCUGGUCCUGGAGACGUACAAUGUCCCGGAGCUGUCAGCUGGUGUCAACUGCACGUUUGAGGACCUGUCAGAGAUGGAUGGGCUGGUGGUAGGCAAUCAGAUCCAGUGCUAUUCCCCGGCGGCCAAGGAGGUGCCCCGGAUAAUCACGGAGAAUGGGGACCACCAUGUCGUCCAGUUGCAGCUCAAGUCAAAGGAGACAGGCAUGACCUUUGCCAGCACCAGCUUUGUCUUCUACAACUGCAGCGUCCACAAUUCGUGCCUAUCUUGUGUGGAGAGCCCAUUCCGCUGCCACUGGUGUAAAUACCGACACGUCUGCACCCACGACCCCAAGACUUGCUCCUUCCAGGAAGGCCGAGUGAAGCUGCCUGAGGACUGCCCCCAACUGCUGCGAGUAGACAAGAUCCUGGUGCCUGUGGAGGUGAUCAAGCCCAUCACGCUGAAGGCCAAGAACCUGCCGCAGCCGCAGUCCGGGCAGCGAGGGUACGAGUGCGUCCUCAACAUCCAGGGCAGCGAGCAGAGGGUGCCCGCCCUGCGCUUCAACAGCUCCAGCGUGCAGUGCCAGAACACCUCUUACUCCUAUGAAGGGAUGGAGAUUAACAACCUGCCGGUGGAGCUGACGGUCGUGUGGAAUGGGCACUUUAACAUCGACAACCCAGCUCAGAACAGAGUUCACCUCUAUAAGUGUGGAGCCAUGCGCGAGAGCUGCGGCCUGUGCCUCAAGGCAGACCCUGACUUCCAGUGCGGCUGGUGCCAGCUCCAGGGCCAGUGCACCCUGCGGCAGCACUGCCCCAUCCAUGAGAGCCCGUGGCUGGAGUUGGCGGGCCCCAACAGCAAGUGCACGAACCCUCGAAUCACAGAGAUAAUCCCAGUGACGGGACCUCGGGAAGGGGGCACCAAGGUCACCAUCCGAGGAGAGAACCUGGGCCUGGAAUUUCGAGACAUUGCCUCCCACGUCAAGGUGGCCGGUGUAGAUUGCAGCCCCUUGGUGGAUGGCUACAUCCCUGCCGAACAGAUCGUGUGUGAGAUGGGGGAGGCCAAGCCCAGCCAGCACGCCGGCUUCGUGGAAAUCUGUGUGGCCGUGUGUCGGCCUGAGUUCAUGGCCCGGUCCUCGCAGCUCUACUACUUCAUGACGCUGACUCUCUCAGACCUGAAGCCCAGCCAGGGGCCCAGGUCUGGAGGCACCCAGGUGACCAUCACUGGCACCAACCUGAACGCAGGCAGCAAUGUGGUGGUGCUUUUCGGCAGGCAGCCCUGUCUCUUCCACAGGCGCUCUUCAUCCUACAUUGUCUGCAACACCACAUCCUCAGAGGAGGUGCUGGCGAUGGAAGUGAUGGUGCAGGUGGACAGGGCCAAGAUCCACCAGGACCUGGUCUUCCAGUACAUGGAGGACCCCACCAUCGUGCGGAUUGAGCCAGAGUGGAGCAUCGUCAGUGGGAACACACCCAUCACCGUGUGGGGGACUCACCUGAACCUCAUCCAAAACCCCCAGAUCCGUGCCAAGCACGGAGGGAAGGAGCACAUCAAUCUCUGUGAGGUUCUGAAUGCCACUGAGAUGACCUGCCAAGCUCCGGCCCUCGCUCUGGGACCCGACCACCAGUCUGACCUGACUGAGAGGCCAGAGGAGUUCGGCUUCAUCCUGGACAACGUCCAGUCCCUGCUCAUCCUCAACAAGACCAAUUUCACCUACUAUCCCAAUCCCGUGUUUGAGGCCUUUGGUCCCUCGGGAAUCCUGGAGCUCAAGCCUGGCACACCCAUCAUCCUGAAGGGCAAGAACCUGAUCCCCCCCGUAGCUGGGGGCAAUGUGAAGCUGAACUACACCGUGCUGGUCGGGGAGAAACCGUGUGCCGUGACGGUGUCCGACGUGCAGCUGCUCUGCGAGUCGCCCAACCUCAUUGGCAGGCACAAAGUGAUGGCCCGCGUCGGCGGCAUGGAGUACUCCCCUGGGAUGGUGUACAUCGCCCCGGACAGCCCGCUCAGCUUGCCCGCCAUCGUCAGCAUUGCCGUGGCGGGUGGCCUCCUCAUCAUCUUCAUCGUGGCCGUGCUCAUCGCCUACAAACGCAAGUCCCGAGAAAGCGACCUCACACUGAAGCGGUUGCAGAUGCAGAUGGACAACCUGGAGUCCAGGGUAGCCCUGGAGUGCAAAGAAGCCUUUGCUGAGCUGCAGACAGACAUCCACGAGUUGACCAGUGACCUGGAUGGAGCUGGGAUUCCCUUCCUGGACUAUAGAACCUACACCAUGCGGGUCCUGUUCCCGGGAAUUGAAGACCAUCCCGUCCUUCGGGACCUCGAGGUCCCGGGUUACCGGCAGGAGCGCGUGGAGAAAGGCCUGAAGCUCUUUGCGCAGCUCAUCAACAACAAGGUGUUCCUGCUGUCCUUCAUCCGCACGCUCGAGUCCCAGCGCAGUUUCUCCAUGCGCGACCGCGGCAACGUGGCCUCGCUCAUCAUGACAGUGCUGCAGAGCAAGCUGGAGUACGCCACCGACGUGCUGAAGCAGCUGCUGGCCGACCUCAUCGACAAGAACCUGGAGAGCAAGAACCACCCCAAGCUGCUGCUCCGGAGGACUGAGUCAGUGGCCGAGAAGAUGUUGACCAAUUGGUUCACCUUCCUGCUCUACAAGUUCCUCAAGGAGUGUGCCGGGGAGCCCCUCUUCUCGCUCUUCUGCGCCAUCAAACAGCAGAUGGAGAAGGGGCCCAUCGAUGCCAUCACGGGGGAGGCCCGCUACUCCCUGAGUGAGGACAAGCUCAUACGCCAGCAGAUCGACUACAAAACCCUGGUCCUGAGCUGUGUCAACCCAGACAAUGCCAACAGCCCUGAGGUGCCAGUGAAGAUCCUCAACUGUGACACCAUCACUCAGGUCAAGGAGAAGAUUCUGGAUGCCAUCUUCAAGAACGUGCCUUGCUCCCACCGGCCCAAGGCUGCAGAUAUGGACCUGGAGUGGCGACAAGGAAGCGGAGUGCGAAUGAUCCUGCAGGACGAGGACAUCACCACCAAGAUCGAGAAUGACUGGAAGAGACUGAACACCCUGGCCCAUUACCAGGUGCCCGAUGGCUCUGUGGUGGCGUUAGUGUCCAAGCAGGUGACAGCCUACAACGCAGUGAACAACUCCACCGUCUCCAGGACCUCGGCAAGCAAAUACGAGAACAUGAUCCGGUACACGGGCAGUCCCGACAGCCUCCGCUCGCGCACGCCCAUGAUCACGCCUGACCUGGAGAGUGGAGUGAAGAUGUGGCACCUGGUGAAGAACCACGAGCAUGGGGACCAGAAGGAGGGGGACCGGGGGAGCAAGAUGGUGUCUGAGAUCUAUCUCACCCGACUGCUGGCCACUAAGGGCACGCUGCAGAAGUUCGUGGACGACCUCUUUGAGACCAUCUUCAGCACGGCGCACCGCGGCUCGGCCUUGCCCUUGGCCAUCAAGUACAUGUUUGACUUCCUGGAUGAGCAGGCGGAUAAGCAUGGCAUUCACGACCCGCAUGUCCGCCACACCUGGAAAAGCAACUGUCUGCCGCUGCGCUUUUGGGUCAACAUGAUCAAGAACCCCCAGUUUGUGUUUGAUAUCCAUAAGAACAGCAUCACAGAUGCCUGUCUCUCCGUGGUGGCCCAGACCUUCAUGGACUCCUGCUCCACAUCGGAGCACCGGCUGGGCAAGGACUCCCCCUCCAACAAGCUGCUCUAUGCCAAGGACAUCCCCAGCUACAAGAACUGGGUGGAGAGGUAUUAUUCGGACAUCGGGAAGAUGCCGGCCAUCAGCGACCAGGACAUGAACGCAUACCUGGCCGAGCAGUCCCGGAUGCACAUGAACGAGUUCAACACCAUGAGCGCGCUCUCGGAGAUCUUCUCCUACGUGAGCAAGUACAGCGAGGAGAUCCUCGGACCUCUGGACCACGAUGACCAAUGUGGGAAGCAGAAACUGGCCUACAAACUAGAGCAAGUCAUAACCCUCUUGAGCUUAGACAGCUGAGAACCGUCCUUCCAGGCACCCCCCCUGGAAGGAGGGACACACCAAGCCGUGCCUCAGUCUAGAUUAUCAUCUUUACCAAGUGCAAGUUCCGACUGGCGUCAGCAGCAUCCCCUGAGCAGCACUGUCUCUUUUUCUCGCUCUCUCUUUGCCUUUUUCUGUCUCUCCCUCCUUCCUGGAUCCCUUCUCUUUCAGUUGCUUGGCUAAUACACUUGAAGCAACCCACCAACCCUCAGCUAGUCCUGGAUGGCCAGUCCUGAAGAGAGGGACUGGACCAGAAGAUUCCAGAGGGGGCUCUUUCCCGGCUGACCCCACGCAUCAGCACCAGGGCCCACAGAUGGAUGAGGAGCCAUGGAUAGAGGCCGUGUCUACUAGUAUGCUGCUACUUCACCUUCCACUUCCUGCGAGCCCCACAUCGGUCCGAACUUUGGCCUGGAGAAGAGGCAGUGAGCUCAGUAUUAUCUUUGCUGGGAAGACAUCAACUGGCUCUACUUCCCCCCAUUUCCAUCCCAAGGGGUCAGUCGGUGGUAUGAUCCCUUUGCAACUGUGAGAAGAAAGGCCAUACCUCCUACAUAUGACCAGCGUUGGGGGCAGGGGCUGAGGAGUUGGUGAGCUGUCUGUCACUUGCUGGGUUAGCAUCCAGAGGCCUCCCUGUCCCUUCCCGUUUUCUUGGAGUUCUUCCAAAUGCCCAGAGGGACCUGCCUGCCAAGCCUCGUCCCCUGCCUGUGGAAAGCCCGACAAGAGAAGAAUAGCAGUUACAUUCCACCAUGGGGAUACUCCUAUCCUUCUCCUCUGGCUUCUAGUGGCAGAAAUGUCACAUGGAGGGUGAGAAGAGGAGAGUUCAUCUACCCUGGAAGCAGAAUUUGUUGUUUUCCAUUCACCCCCCAGUGCAAGUGCAUCCCAACCAUAGUCGCAGGUGUACCAUUGCCAGGUCCUCGUCUAGAGAAGGCACCUCCAUCCCCCUCGGUCAUCACUCAUUGAGGGUCAACAUAGAAUGCAGAGUGCAUCCAGGAGAUUCUACCUCCAGCCGUCUCCAUGGCUCCAUCUCCACCAUGCUUCCUGACAACUCUACAGAAGGCUGGGGCAGACAGCCUAGCCUCUGUCAGCCUGCAGAAUCCGCGGCCAUUGCUGUAUGGAUAACUUUGUCACUGGACUGUCCAGACCUCCUGGGCUAUUAUUUCAUUAGCAUCUCAGUUGUCUCUUUAGCCACUUUCCUCUCUCAUCUCUUAGCAGUCAUCACUGAAGGAAAUGCACCCAAGCACAGCCUCAUGGAGACCAAUCAAAAUGACAGGCAAACUCAGCCCCUGGCUUGUCAGGUCUGGGAGGACCAAAGAGUCAAGCUGAAGGUCAUGGCCAGAAAUCAGAGCAGGAACAUACAACUGACCUUAGCCCUGACAUCUGUCUCUCCAUCUGUCCUUCCAUCUAUGGAUACAUCAUUUUAGCCAGCCAGGUGAGCAUGGACUACGGUGAGAGAUGCUCUAAUGAGAGUCAUGGAAACCUGGAAUUGUGAAGGGACCAUGGAGGCCAUGGCACGCCUGGUGUCCAGUUGCACACCACGCUGGGGGACAAGGAAAAGCACCAUUCAAGGUGGGGUUGGGAGCGAGUCUUCCCUUCACAUCUGCGGCGUCAAACAUCAUUCCUUGUCAUCCACUCACAGAAGCCCCAAGUGGAAAGGGGAAGGAACCACAUCAUUUCCAACUGUCCAUGGAACAUCAUGUACUUUUAAGAAGGCUCACCCCUUUGGAUAUGAAUAUGUGUGCAUGUGUGUGAGCUCACACGUGUGCACGUGUGUGUGUACGUGUGUGCACCCUAGUAGGCAGAGAGCUCAGAAGGAUUUCUUGUCCUGUGUAGGGGGAUAUUGAAAUGUUUCUUUCCUUCUCUGCCCCUGGUCAUCAGUUCAUCCUGCAGCUCCCAGGACAUUUCAACACUUGCUUUCUAUACUGAGUGCUGGUGAGUGCAACGAGAGGUCACCUGUCCAUAGGAAAUCAGGGUGGUCACAGGCCGAGAGAGGCCUGGACUUGACUGGGGGCCAGGCAGUGGUGACCCAGAACAGGGCAUCACGUGGCAUCAGGGAGCACACACGGUGGACAAAACAUGAGAAACCUAACAAAUGGGAAGAGGAGAAUGGGGAAAGAUGCAUGUCAAGGGGGAAAAAUAACCAAAGGUUUUGGCAAAUGAAGUGCCAGGUGAAGAAGCAUGGAAUUAUGGAAUUUCUACCCUAAUCAUUUGAUUUUUCUCCCAAGAAGCCAGGCGCCCUGGCAGACCAGGAGGGAAGCAUGUGGGAGGCGGGCUGAGGAGGCAGCUCGGCCACUAAAAUAUUUUUGCACAUGUCAAGGAUUGGGGAGGAGAGAGACACAAGCAUAUUUAACACAGAUUUGCUGAAUGGAAAUUGUGUGUGUGUGUGUGUGUGUGUGUGUGUGUGUGUGCAUAUGAGUGUGUUUUUACUUAUUUUUUACGUUUUGCACAGAUAGAGAAAAAAAAUGAACAAGCAGAAAACAAAGACUGUUGCCAUGGUUCUGCUGAAGCCUCUAUUUUUUACUGGGUUAUUAUUAUUGGUAUUGUUCCUUUGUCGGUACAGACUUUUCUUUCCAUGUUUUUGUUGUAAGAGGAACUUCGAACACCUCGGAGAAACGUAAGUGUCAGGACGAAGGGGAGAGAAGAAGGGACGGGCUUCCCUGCUCUCCUCGUUUCUCCGAGGGAGGAGGCCAGGCAGGUUUUUCUUUAGUUGAUGGAAGGGUUUGUUGCUGGAGCUUUGCCCACAGUCCCGGUGGCCUGGCGGGGACUUAAGGAUGGAGAGACAGGACAACCCAUCUGGCCCUGCUCGGUGAAAUUCUUCCCUUUGGCUGUUUGUUUGUUUUCCAUUUCUUUCCUUUGGGUUCUUGGUGCACGUGUGAUAGGCUUCAAAGCAAAAGCAAAGCUAUUCUUUCCCCCAAAUCUUUCCAAAACUGCCCUUGGGAGGCCUGAGAGCUGCCCAGGCAGAAUGGGGACCGCACGCACCCACGCAGGCCUGGGGAAGGGAGGGAGGUCCCCUCACGCCUCUCCUCUGGCACAGUUCACUUAGCAGGGUCACGGUUCUGUUUAAGGUGGGACCUUUAUAUGAUCCCUGGAGUCCUGGGCAAAGACUACUUGUACCCCUCUCCUUCUCCCCUCCCCUGGAAACCACCAAGGUCAAAACGGUACGAGGAGACGACACAGUCAAAAUAACUGGCCUGGCGUAGCUGAGGGUUUUAAACUGAGGGCAGAUGAGCUGAGGGCUGGUAGGGUGGGAAGCGGGGCAGCUUUGCAGGGUCCUGAACAUAAGAGAAUGGGUACACAGAAGCAGCAGGUGGAUCAUUUCUAGGGGGUAGGGGAUACAAGUCCACCCAGGUAUAGGGUUUGCCACUUCUUGUAAAGAGAGGCACUGCAUUUGUUGGUAACUACAAAUGGUACCAUUAUGUGAAGUUGGCUAUGGUGUCCGUGACUUCCUCAGGAAAAUAUUUUUUCUUGCCUUCUUCUUUCAAUGUGGUUUUACAUUUGGAGACCACCUGAGUGUCCCACAGGUGAAGGUCUGUUCAUACCUACCCCCAGAAUGACACGCACACCCAUAGGAGCUCCCAGAGCAUGCGGGCCGGUGAGAGGCCUGAGCUGUUUAAGAGAGAGAGAGAAAGAGAGAGAGAGAGAGAGAGAGAGAGAGAGAGAGAGAGAGAGAGAGAGAGAGAGAGAGAGAGUCAUUUUAAAUAAAUCCUAAAUCCCAAAGUUUGAGGCAGACUGUCCAGGACUGUGCCCAGUGGUGAGGUCACUGACCUUGUCCCCUCACCUCCCAGCCGGGGGUGAAUGUCCAUGUUCUGUCCCAGAACCCCUGCCCCAACCCCUGUCACGUUCCCAAGCCAAGGUCCUUGUGCUCAUGUCCCCUUGCAUGUAUGGCUUCUGAGUGUGCCUCCCUUCUGUCCCUCCUGCCCCUCCUGCACAUGUAGCCUCUGCCCCAGGGCUAGUGUCCACUAACGUACCACUGAGCCCCUGGGCAGCUCCACCCUCACAGCCCAGCCCUCUGACUGCCUCAGGCCCACCUCCUCCCCACACUGCCUCCAGCCAGGACCCCUGUCAGAGGAGCCCCAGCAACCAAGACCCAAAUGACCUCCACUCUGGGUGUGAGGCAGGUCCUGCUGAUGCUGCUUUGACCUAAAAGGAAAGCCCUUUCCCCAUCGGUCUCCUUUCUUGGGACUGGAGGGGAGGGGGUGCGGGCACAUUCUUGGUUUCACAGGAUGCAAAGUCAAGUACUUAAGCUCAUCUCAGAAGGUUCAAGUUGAUCAUCACUCAUCAAGAACAAACACUUCCGCCUCACGGAGAGCCCAGGAUGGAGGGAAGGCACAGGGUGGGCUCUGCAGGCAGAGGUCCAUGGCAUUUUCCUUCUGGUCCUUCCAGGAAUGGCCCACAAUGCCGGAGUCCCCACAUGUUCCCAGAGAAGACUCAGCCCCAGGGACACCCCCCCCCCCCCGAAACACACACACACCCAGGCAGAUCCUGGCUCCGUCCUGGUCUUCCCUCCUGUCCAGGGAGUCAGUGUCCACCUCCAUAACCACAUCCCUCCUCUGAGCCCCAGCUCCUCCCUUUACUUUAAACUGGAUGUGGCCUGCUUAUUGACGGCUUCGUAGCUUUUUAUUUUUUCUCUAUAUAUUUUAAGUGUCUAAGAUUAAGGAGGGAGCACAGGUGUGGAUAUAAAGUCCAAAUUACUAGCGAGGAGGGAGAAGCAAAACUACCGGCCAGUCCGAAGGUCCCGCUGUGACCGUCUCCUCCUGGUGCUCGCAGGUGGGCAAAGCCUCCCCUAGGAAGCGAGGUGCCCGGCCCUCUUUUGUGGAAAGGAAUGUCUGCAGGAAAAGUCUCAUGAGAGACCUUUUUCUUUUUUUUACUAAAAGUCUUUGCUUCCCAGUAAAAUUAUUUUUUACUAGGGAGAGUAUCCAACUUCAUAAAGUAUAUAGGAUUUUUUGGGUUGUAAACGAAAUACCUAUUUAGAGUCCAGUUAAAUUCCUUGAGUAGACUAGUGACUACUCCAAAGCAAACCUAAACAAAACCAAACCCUGAUGCAUAAAAAGAGCUUUCUAUCUGUAUUGGCAGAGAGAGUGAGGUGGGCCUGGGUCUAGUGUCCGGGGUCCGUGGCCCUACAUUCCCGCCCCUCCACCCCUACACUCUGUCCAGCUUUGUCUCUGCUGCCCCUGAUGCUGAAUCCCGCCUUUUUCUCAGCUCCCCCAACCUUCAGGGAGCCCCUGCAAGGCAUUGGUCAUGGAGGGCCCGCCCUCUCCCCCAGAAGGCACAUGCUCCUGGCUAGUAGGCAGGUCACCCGCAGCUCAUCUUCCACAGGGCUCUUUACCUGGCAUUAGAACUUCUUUUGUUCGUAUCUUUGAUCUUCCGACUCAAGCACAUUUUGUAGAACUCGGAACAGAGGGUAUAUUAAGACCAAUGCAAAGGGCACUAAGAAACCGAGACCACUUUACAAAGCAGGACUAGUGGUCACAAUUCAGUCCCUGUGACCAAGAUGGUACGUGUCCCCCUGUGUUCUCUUUCCCUUCCCCAAUGUUCCUGUCAGCUUGUUGGCUCGUCAAACUUUCCGUUCUUUAAAAAGAAAAGCUAGUUUACCUCAAAGAAUCUUGUUUCCAUUUGGAAACCAAUGACUUUGCGUUUUAGAGUGGACAACCUUCCCCUCCAAAACUCCCUGUCUGGGCACAGUGGCCUUGAGGCCGGAGGUCCUGGCGGAGUCAUGUGUCGGCUGCACUGACCAAUAACAAGAACCCAGUCCCUGAGAUGGGGAGAAGAGAUUGGAUGCAGCUACCCUCCUCCCCACUUUACUUACAGGGACCAGCCUAUCUCUUCCAGCAGGGCCCUGCCAGGUUGCCAUAGUGACCAGGAACUCCAGGGUACCACAACAGACAAUGGCUCAGUGAGCCAGGCAUGGGGGAGAGGAGUCUGCCUGGUCAGAUGACCCAGAGUUAAGUCUCCAGGACUGGAGGGAAGAGGAGGAACAGGGAAGGAUGAAUGGGUGGUACAAGGAACAGGCAGGAGACUUUGAGUCUCAGAGAGAGGCCGCUGAAGGAGGAAAGGCAGGUCGCUCCUGCCCCUGUCACCCAUUCCAGCCCCAACCCACUUCCGGUUCCAUAAAGCUCCCACCUUGAACACUGAGCCUGAGAACAAAGCAAAACAUAUCUUUAGACAACAGUGUUAUAAUGAGCCUCAAAGAUAGGUGGGAGGAAUCUAUUAGAGGAUGAGGGUCUUCUGGUUUUGAUUUUUAAAGAAGAGUAUCCUAGUAAGAUUUAAAAACAAACAAAAAAAAGAUUUUAAAAAAAGUUUUUAAAAAGGAAACCUAUACUAUUUCAAUUGGAGCCCAGUUGUAACUUGGUAAAGGCAAGCUCCUGUACCUUUGUUAUAAUUAAUUGUAUACCUGUGUAUGUAAAUAUAAGGCAUUCCUAUUUUGCAGUUCAGAACAAAAAAAAACUUAUUUGUAAUAUAGAAUAAAGUUUAUUAAAAAAUAAUAAAAAUGCAGUUUGGAA